GAGUGUAUUGUUUGGUAACUUUUUGGCACUGUAUUGGUUGGCAAAGGACUCGCCAAAUGUUUCAUGCCUUAUGUUUUGCUGAACACAUACUAACACACAGUGUGUGACAUCACAUGCGUUGCUCUUUCUCUCUAUCUCUCACGAACCGCACAAACCAGUCGUUCACUCUAUACUUAAAACACAUUUCACUGCAAUACUCGACCCAUACUUUCAACUCAACACAAUAGGCAAAAGUUUUUUGUGUUUCAAAGGAGUUUCCAAAUUGUGUUACAUUUUCGAGAGAUUGAGUCAAAUAUUUGUCACUUUUAUGUUUCAUGUGUGUUUCAUCGCCACAUAUAUUGUCAACUAAUUUACACUUAAAUUGAAGAUCACUCCAAUAGUCUGCCAAAUGAUGUCACUCUCAUUGAUGCCAAUUAUGACGAGACUAAACAUAAACUAUAAAAUAUCGACCGUUUCUCGCGUUUUAUUAUUACUACUAAUUUUGUCGGCAAUUGUGGAGAAUCUGGCGACGAGUCGGUACUACAGCACGAGUGCAGACAGUGAACUCUCCUCUGAUUUAAUGGACGACUACAACGGAAAUAUCGCUAAACUUUUAUUUGUUAAUAGAAAAAGUUGUUUGAGACGAGCGGCCAGUUGUGACCACAGACCUGAUGACUGCUGCGACAGCUCUAUCUGCAGAUGUAAUGUCUGGGGAACCAACUGUCGGUGCUCUAGAGCCGUUAUGAGGGUUAUGUUGGUUAUGGAUCAUAAAUAA